AUGUAAACCAAAAAAAGGAUAGAAUAAACUGAAAUGAUAGGAGUAGAUCGUAUUGAAACAACUGAAGUAGUUGAAUUGAAUAACAAAGUUAAACUGAAUUAUGAAACAGAGGAAGAAAUUUAGGUUUAACCAAGAACUAUAUAUUGA